AUGGCGCCCACGGAAAAAAGACUUUUGUCGAGAGUAGUGGAUGAUGCCGCUCAGCGUGACCCGGAGAGACUGUUUGCAGUCAUUCCACGGGGUGUGAAAGUAUCGGAUGGCUUCCAAAAUUUUACGAUGAAGGAAUUAGCUCAUGUCGUGAACUCUCUUUGCUGGUGGAUUGAGAAGACUAUUGGACCGGCAAUCUCCCAGGAGAGGCUGGCUUAUAUCGGAAUGAACGAUGUCCGAUACUGCAUGUUUAUCCUCGCAUGUCAGAAAUUGGGUUACGAGGCAUUUUUGCCUUCCACGAGAAACUCAGAUGACGCUCAUGUUCACCUGCUCAAAGCAGCUGACUGCACCAAGAUUUUCUUCGGCGAAGAGCGACACACUCGAGUCCUCGAAAUUCAGGAGCUGUGCCCGAAUGUAGAGAUCUUCCAAGUCCCCACGCUCCAGCAGAUGUUUGGUGAUAAAAAUGGCCGACGAUCUUAUAUCUACCAAGAAGCUUAUGAUGACGUGGAAAACCACCCCAUUUGUAUCAUCCACAGCUCUGGAACCACCGGUAUGCCAAAGCUUGUAUCUCUGACCAACGGAUUUUUCAAGUGCCACGACAAGUUCUCGCGACUUCUCUGGCCCGAGUCUCGCCAACCGGCCACGUUCUACAACUAUGGCCAGGAUGAGCUUGUUCUUGCAACAACCCCAUUCUUCCAUUUGAUGGGACUUAUUUCAUUUGUUAUGUCAAUUUUCCACAAUGUACCCGUCUUGAUUGGCCCUGAGAAACCACUUUCAGUGGACCAUUUGGUUGAGCUCAUCGAAAAGACGAGUCCCACAGCUGGGUUUUUCCCGCCGUCAGUCUUGGAAGAUAUGAGCCAUUCCGAAAAGGCGCUCAAGUCCCUCGAGGCACUCCGAAGUGUAUUCUUCGGGGGCGCGCCAUUGGCGCUUGAUUCGGGUCGUCGCCUACGCCAGCAUGUCCAGGUCAUAUCUGUUAUCGGGUCUUCGGAAAUGGGCUGGCUUCCAGCACUGGUGCCAGAAAGCAAAGAAGAUUGGGCCUACUUUGAAUGGAACCCAUAUUAUGGGAUUGAAAUGCAACCUCGAGGAGACGACUUGUUCGAGAUGGUCAUCCCUCGUAGGGAAGACUCACGGAGUAUGCAAGCCAUUUUUCAUACCUUUCCCGACCGGCAUGUAUACAAAACCAACGAUCUAUACACGCGACAUCCCACGAAUCCUCACUUAUGGAAGUUCCACGGAAGGUUUGACGAUGUGAUCGUUCUCAGCAAUGGAGAGAAAUUCAACCCAGUGAACAUGGAGAAAACCAUCGAGGGCCAUCCUCUCGUCUCGAAAGCCGUGGUUGUCGGUCAAUCUAGGUUUCAGGCUGGUUUGCUUAUUCAACCAACUGCCGAAGCUCCGGAAAUGACACAGAAUGCUUUCAUUGAGGAGAUUUGGCCGACAGUUCAAGAGGCAAAUCAAAGUGUUGCCGCCCAUGGGCGGGUCCUGAAAGAGAGGAUUGGACUCGCCUCAAACGCAAAGCCCUUCAAAAUUACUGCAAAGGGUACAGUCCAGCGGCAGGCAAUACUCCAGGAUUAUGAGCAUGAGAUCAAUGCUAUUUAUGAUGCGGAUUCACCUUUUGAACUGGACGUGCCAUUUCCUGAGACCGCGAAUCGCUCGAGCAUCGUGAAAUAUGUUCAUCAAGUAGUUUCUGGGGCAUUUGGAAAAUCCCGUUUCCGCAAUGACCAGAAUAUUCACAAUGCUGGACUCGAUUCUCUAAUGACGAUUCAAAUUGCCAAAAUCUUGCAGCAAGGACUUCAACAGCAUCGAACGGAGACAAAGGAGGGGACAAUUACUCCCCAAGUUAUCUACGCAAACCCGACGGUGGAUGGUCUGGCUCGAUUCAUUCAUGGAAUACUGGAAGGCACGAUUGAUGAUGACAUCCCUCGCAAUGAAAAGAUCCACCAGUUGAUCCAGAAAUAUACCGCCAAUCUCAUUGCAGACUGUGACAGACAACCUCCAAGUCAACCUGAACAUCCCUCUGUCGUGGUGCUGACAGGCUCCACUGGUUCUCUGGGAACAUACCUUCUGCAUGAUCUUAUCAAGACUCCAACGAUUGCAAAGGUCUAUUGUCUCAACCGCUCGGAUGCCGAAACUCGCCAAAAGAAUUCUUUCAGCGAGAAGGGUCUUAAUGUAUCACCGGAUGAAUGGGCUAAAAUCGAGUUCCUCAAAGCUUCGCUGGGCGAACCUCAGCUCGAUCUAGAGCCAGCAAAAUACGAAGAGAUCUCGAAUCUGGCAGAUACCGUGAUCCACAACGCUUGGAAGGUUGAUUUUAAUCACUCUGUGGACUCUUUCGAGACACAUAUCAAAGGAGUGCGCAAUUUCAUCGAUUUCAGUCUGCAAAGCCGGCAGAAUGCGCAUAUCCACUUUGUGUCCUCCGUGAGUACGGUGGGGGCAUGGACGAAACAAAUGGGAUCGCUUGUGCCGGAGGAACCGAUUGAAAAUCCCGACGUUGUCUUGCCACAGGGUUACGGCGAGUCUAAGUAUAUUGGAGAACGUAUCUGCUUGGAGUCUUCUCGACGGUGUCAUGUCCCGACGACGGUGUACCGCGUGGGACAAAUUGCAGGUCCUACCCUCCCCAGUGGGCAGUGGAAUCGCCAGGAAUGGCUUCCAACCAUCAUCGCUUCUUCCAAGGCCAUGGGCAAGAUUCCCAAUGGAUUGGGUUCGAUCGCUGUUGACUGGGUACCGGUGGAUACAUUAUCAUCGAUGUUGACCGAGAUUGUCCACACGCGUCACAGAGAUGGUUCGAAGAAUCCGCAUGCGGUUUUCCAUCUCACAAAUUGGAACACAACCUCGUGGUCCUCUCUGAUCCCGGCCAUCCAGGAAGAUUUGAAUGUACAGCCAGUUGGGCUUAGGGAGUGGGUCGCAGAGCUUGAGCGUAUCGAAAAUCCAAGCAGUACCGACAUAGCAGACAAGCCGGCCCUCAAAUUGCUGUCCUUCUAUCGCGCGCUUGUUGAUGAAAAGCAUGCAACGAUGUCUGUGGCCUUAGACGUGUCAAGAGCCAAAGUCGCGAGUGAAACAAUGAGGGCGCUUGAACAAAUCUCUCCAGAUUUGAUGAAGAAUUGGUUAUCUCAAUGGCGGUUCUAG